CUGAGCCUCCUCUUAUUUCCUCCAUUUUUCUCUUCCUCUCCUCUGUUCAUGAGCUGGCACAUCACUCCAUAGAGCAGAAGAUAUGCUGGGCUUCUGAUGAUGGCUGCACUGCAUGCGGCAGCGUGCAGGGUCAAAGACAGCCGGCCCCCCAUGUCAGUGGUCUAGGAUGGCAAGUGAAGCCACCAACAUCCCAAGUCCUGUGGUGCGCCAGAUUGACAAGCAGUUUCUGAUUUGCAGUAUAUGCCUGGAAAGGUACAAGAAUCCCAAGGUUCUCCCCUGUCUGCACACUUUCUGCGAGAGGUGCCUGCAGAACUACAUUCCCGCCCACAGUCUAACCCUCUCCUGCCCCGUGUGCCGCCAGACCUCCAUCCUGCCCGAGAAGGGGGUGGCCGCGCUCCAGAACAACUUCUUCAUCACAAACCUGAUGGACGUGCUGCAGCGAACUCCAGGCAGCAAUGCUGAGGAGUCCUCCAUCCUGGAGACAGUCACCGCUGUGGCUGCGGGGAAGCCUCUCUCUUGCCCAAACCACGAUGGGAAUGUGAUGGACUUUUACUGCCAGUCCUGCGAGACUGCCAUGUGUCGGGAGUGCACGGAGGGGGAGCAUGCGGAACACCCCACAGUCCCCCUCAAGGACGUGGUGGAGCAGCACAAGGCCUCACUCCAGGUCCAGCUGGACGCUGUCAACAAAAGGCUCCCAGAAAUAGAUUCUGCUCUUCAGUUCAUCUCAGAAAUCAUCCAUCAGUUAACCGACCAAAAGGCCAGCAUUGUGGAUGACAUCCAUUCUACCUUUGAUGAACUCCAGAAGACUUUAAAUGUGCGCAAGAGCGUGCUGCUUAUGGAGCUGGAAGUCAACUAUGGUCUCAAACACAAAGUCCUCCAGUCGCAGCUGGAUACUCUGCUUGAGGGGCAGGAGAGUAUCAAGAGCUGCAGCAGCUUCACGGCGCAGGCCCUCAACCAUGGCACGGAGACGGAGGUGCUGCUUGUGAAGAAGCAGAUGAGCGAGAAGCUGAACGAACUGGCGGACCAGGAUUUUCCGCUGCACCCGCGAGAAAACGACCAGCUGGACUUCAUCGUGGAGACCGAGGGGCUCAAGAAGUCCAUCCACAACCUCGGGACGAUUUUAACCACCAACGCCGUCGCCUCCGAGACGGUGGCCACGGGCGAGGGGCUGCGGCAGACCAUUAUCGGGCAGCCCAUGUCCGUUACCAUAACAACCAAGGACAAAGACGGCGAGCUGUGCAAAACGGGCAACGCCUACAUCACGGCGGAGCUGAGCACGCCCGACGGCAGCGUGGCGGACGGGGAGAUCCUGGACAACAAGAACGGCACGUACGAGUUCCUGUACACAGUACAGAAAGAGGGCGACUUCACUCUGUCCCUGCGGCUCUACGACCAGCACAUCCGCGGCAGCCCGUUUAAGCUGAAGGUGAUCCGGUCGGCGGACGUGUCCCCCACCACCGAGGGCGUGAAGAGGCGCGUAAAGUCCCCGGGGAGCGGCCAUGUGAAGCAGAAGGCUGUGAAGAGACCCGCUAGCAUGUACAGCACCGGGAAACGAAAAGAGAAUCCCAUCGAAGACGAUCUGAUCUUCCGCGUGGGAACCAAAGGAAGAAAUAAAGGGGAAUUUACAAAUCUUCAAGGGGUAGCAGCAUCUACAAAUGGGAAGAUAUUAAUUGCAGACAGUAACAACCAGUGCGUGCAGAUAUUUUCCAAUGAUGGACAGUUCAAAAGUCGUUUUGGCAUACGAGGACGCUCUCCCGGGCAGCUGCAGCGGCCCACAGGAGUAGCUGUGCAUCCCAGUGGGGACAUAAUCAUUGCAGAUUAUGAUAAUAAAUGGGUUAGCAUCUUCUCAUCAGAUGGGAAGUUUAAGUCGAAGAAAAAAGGACUAAGUGCAGAGGAAAAGAGAGCCCGCAUGAUGGAAAUAUUUUUUGAGACGAAAGAUGUAUUUCAAUUAAAAGACAUGGAGAAGAUUGCUCCCAAAGAAAAAGGCAUUACUGCUAUGUCAGUAAAAGAAGUCCUUCAAAGCUUGGUUGAUGAUGGUAUGGUUGACUGUGAGAGAAUUGGAACAUCUAAUUAUUAUUGGGCUUUUCCAAGUAAAGCUCUUCACGCCAGGAAACGUAAGCUGGAGGUUCUGGAAUCUCAGUUAUCUGAGGUAAACCAAAAGCAUGCAAACCUGCAGAAAAGCAUCGAGAAAGCUAAAAUUGGCCGACAUGAAACGGAAGAGCGAACCUUGCUAGCAAAAGAGCUUUCUUCACUUCGAGACCAAAGGGAACAGCUAAAGGCUGAAGUAGAAAAAUACAAAGAAUGUGACCCGCAAGUUGUGGAAGAAAUACGUCAAGCAAAUGAAGUGGCCAAAGAAGCUGCUAACAGAUGGACUGAUAACAUAUUUGCAAUAAAAUCUUGGGCCAAAAGAAAAUUUGGGCUCGAAGAAAAUAAAAUUGAUAAAAAUUUUGGAAUUCCAGAAGACUUUGACUACCUAGAUUAAAAUGUUUGAUGUCAGUGAAGGAGCUAUGUGCUUGUGAAUAUGUAAAUUUUUAUAUUAUCCAGCUAAAUGUACUGAAUUUUCAUUUACCUAUAACUGUUUGUUUUAUUAAUUUUAAAUAAAGUAUAAAGUGUA